AUGGACAGUUUUCCCUUCAGAGGCAUACGGUGGAUCAAGAUGGCGGCAUUCGGAAGUGAACGGUGGUUGAAUGAUCUACCAAACCAUGCUAUUUUCCAAAAAAUACGAGAGAACUUGGAUCGUGAACCCAAGGGCAACGAAAGAGGGGUCGCUAAAAACCUCACUUUUUGUUUGGGCGGGGACUUGUUCGUCUGGGACGACUCCGACCGCGUGUUUUACACGACCAACUUGCGACAUCUAAACGCGGAUGAGAGUUUCAGCAAUGUAAGCGGGAAACACCAAACCUUGCUGUGUAUCAACCCACCUCGCUUCGAGCUGUGCCAGGUGUUACUCAGCCCGACUCAGCACCACGUCGCGCUGGUCGGGCUGCGGGGCGUCUCUGUGCUGGAGCUCCCGCAGCGGUGGGGGAAGAGGUCCGAGUUUGAGGGCGGACGGAGCGAGAUCAACUGCAAGACCAUCCCGGUGGCGGAGCGCUUCUUCACCAGCUCGCCGUCUGUCAUUCUGCGGCAGGCGGCUUGGUACCCCGGCGAGACCGACGAACCCCACCUGGUGCUGCUCACAUCCGACAACACCGUCAGGUUUUACGGCUUGAAGUCGCCCCAGACGCCGGCCAAAGUGCUGUCAGUGUCGCAGUCGGAAGAUGACACCAGUGGCCACCCUCCCGUGCGCUCCUACGCAGCAUCUCUGGGCGAGAUCGCAGUGGCGUUUGACUUCGGGUCCAUUUCGGCCUCACCUCGGCACCUGGCUGCGCAGUUCUCCAAAGACCAGCUGGUCUACCCUCUUUACAUCCUCUACGAAAACGGGGAGACCUACGUGAGCUACACGAGCCAGGCGAAGGGUGUGAGUCUAACUAAACCCACGGGACCGCUCCCAAUGUAUCCCGCUGCCGAGGACAACUAUGGCUACGAUGCUUGUGCCAUUCUCUGCCUGCCAUGCGUGCCCAGCAUCUUGGUCAUCGCCACGGAGACGGGCACGCUGUACCACUGUGUGGUGCUGGAGUCUGAAGAAGAGGAGGAGACCCGGGCGGUGGAAAAGUGGAUCCGCGGGGCGCAGGCGGUGCCGGCUCUCUACGUGUUUGAGUGUGUGGAGCUGGAGCUCACGCUCAAAGUAGCCACAGGGGAGGAUGAGGACCCUCAGGACUUUGAUUUCACCUGUCCCAUCCGACUGCACCGAGACCCCCUUUGCCAGCAGAGGUAUCACUGUACCCACGAGGCAGGAGUGCACAGUGUGGGGCUGAUCUGGGUCAACAAGCUGCAGAAGUUCCUCCAGUCAGGUGAGGAGGACAUGGACAAUCUCCAAGAGCUGGCAGCUGAGAAGCGCUGUAUUGUAGAGCACAUUCUUUGCACCAGACCCCUUCAGUCUAGUCAGUCGGCUCCGGUUCUUGGCUUUGUGAUUGUGUCCGACCUCUCCCUGGGCGCCACCAUGAUCUGCAUCACCAGCGCCUACGAGUGCAUCCUGUUGCCCCUGCUGAGCUCUAUUCGGCCCCCUUCCCCUCCCCUGCUCUGCACGCACCCGGGUCCAGGCUCUGGCAGCUCGCCUCUGCGCGGGCUGGCCGACGACUCUUUUGAGCAGCACAUCCGCAACAUCCUGGCGCGUAGCUCCACCAAUCCUCUGGUACUCAAGGCCGGGGACAAGGACAAGUCCCCGCCACCUCCGGAGUGUCUGCAGCUCCUCAGCAGAGCCACACAGGUCUUCCGUGAGGAGUACAUUCUGAAGCAGGACAUGGCCCGCGAAGAGAUGCAGAGAAGGGUGAAACUUCUGACCAGCCAGAAGAACAAGCAGCUGGAAGAGUUGACUCUGUGCAGGGAGGAGAGGAAGAGUCUGAGGGAGGCAGCGGAGAGGUUGGCCGACAAAUACGAAGAUGCAAAGUAUUGCCAGGAAACCAUUAUGAGCAAGGUUAAAAAAGUGCUGGGCAACCUGCAAAGUCGACUACCCAUACUGUCAAACAGCGAAAAGGAUAUGAAGAAGGAGGUGCAGACCAUUAGCGAUCAACUGAGGCACCUUGACAACUGCAUCAAACAGGUGAACAUGAAGAUGGACUACCAGAAGACCCAAGUGGACAAGGAUGUGCCUGCAGCCAGGACGAAGGUCUCCCUCAAUGCCCAACAGAAGAAGGUUGUCCAGGAUGUCCUCCGGGAGCAGGGACAGCAAAUUGGUGACAUGAUGAAGCAGAUCAAAGAUAUUAAAAGCCACUUCAGUUUCUAAGAGCAUCAGAAAGGGGUAAACUAAUGUACUGCUAACAAUUGGGGGAAAUAAUUAAAUUGUUCGUGUGACUACUGUUUUGAAAUCUGCCCGUUUGUGACAUUCAAUGAAGCAUUGAGUGCUUUAGUCAUGACUCAAUGUGCCAUGAGUGGAAGAUAUUUUAUAUACACUUGUAUAACUUUACUUUGUUGUUUGUCUCUUGAAAGGGAUAUAUAAGGAUCCUCAAUAACAUUGAGCAUAUUUCACACAUGUGUUUCUAUACGUUAGGGUUUGAGUCAGCUAUUUGGUCGGCGCAGAAAAUGCCAUCAAUAGGCACAAAAAAAUAGAUUAUUUUUUUAUUUUUUUUUAGCUUUCCAACAUUGUUUGCUCUGCUCACUUGGGUAAUAAAAUGUAAAGUUCUCUAACUGUUUACUCUUUUGUG